UCCGUUCAACAGUAAAGAUUUUAUUCGCUCGAGUUCUACAGUUGGUAUGAUGUUCAGGCCCAUUCGGAUUAUGGCAGUCCUCUCCCGGCUUUUCAAGCCUUUCACAACUUCGAUAUCUGACUUUGGUACCUUCAGUGUGUUGUGGUGCAAGUCGGUCCUGUGGGCCUUGAUCAUCGCUCCUGUUGACUACCUUAGACUAGCAAGUCGCAGGGCAUGUAUAUGUGCUCGCCUCCUAGCUAGCAAGCAACUGAGCGCAGUUUUUCAUCGACUAUACAGCGGUUGCGUCUGCCGCAAUACAGUGUCUUCGCAAUGACGGCCCUGACUGCUGCGUUCGCCCCCCCCCUUCUCUUGCUUGGGCUGCUACAGAUAUCGAUGACCUUGUCGGACACAGCAGUGAUGCCCUCCCUGUUGGCACUGGCUCCUGAUUUGACAUGGCAAAGGAGAUGGAUCGUUUCUUUUGCCGCUCGACCUUUGAUGCCUUUGCCGGCUACAACCCUGAUUGCGGACAUUGUCAACCAGUAAACAGUGGGAGGCGAGACUGUCAGUUGUCCAAAUCCUCGAGCUUCAGGAUGACUUGGACUUCGAAGCAGCCCGGGUCGUUCGGCUGUAGGAUCCGUGACGACUCGCGUCGUCAGGAGGUGCAUCAGACAACAAUCUGAUCGUCAGCACUCAACCAUCGACCCCUUGAAGGCUUCUGUAGUCGUUGGCCGCAUGACGGGAAGCUUACAUCCGGUCUGAGCUUGUGGAGACGGUCUCGUGAUUUCGUGUUGGAUAAGAUAGCGGCUAAAGGAGCCCAAGACCGAGGGAAAGCGAUUGGGCGCAGCCGAGCAACGAUAGCAGGGCUCGUCGCACGUGCCAGCCAAUCACGCAAUAGGCGCUCGAGGCGGCCA